GGGGGUGGGGAGCUGCCCCCCCCCCUCCUCCUCCUCCCGAGUUGUGUAGUCAGGGUUGUAAUGGCCGACUGUACAGCGGGUGCCGAUGUCUGUGCUAAGAAGUGCCUUGUCAAGUUGUGGCUGCUAGACCCUGCGUGUUAGCCUGGCCGCCGCCGCUGCUACUGCUGCUUCUGUCCGUCAGCACCCUGCUGCUGCUGCUACCUGCUGCUGCUAUUUGCCAAGCAAGACCCACACAACCUCAAGCCCGGGCCGCAGCUGUCAAACAAAAACAUCUUCUUGGUUCUUCUCUUCCCACACCUUGGACGUGAAAUUGUUAAAUAAACAAACAACAACAACGAAAAUUAUAAAAAAAAAUCUCGCCACUGCAAGUGAAGAGAGGUUGUUUGUCAGAAGGUGGUGGGAGGAAUUUGAUUACUGUGGGCGAGAAGAAAGGAAGGGGGGGGGGAGAAAAAAACAAGUUUAGAAACGUACAAAAAAAUCUCCACUGCCGAGCGGGAAGAGAAACGUGCAAGAAUUAGUUUUAUAUUAAUCCUACCUUGAGUCACUUGGUCUCCUGCUCCGUGGGUAGCAAGGGGGAAGUUGACUCAGCCAUUGGCGGAGACGGUCUCCAGCGUCGUCAUUUUUCUUGCCCUUAACAUGCUGUUUUCUAGGCAAGGGCCAGACAGCGCGAUGGCCGUGCGGGACACGCGAUGGUUGACGUUGGAGGUGUGCCGGGAGUUCCAGCGGGGCACGUGCAGCCGCGUGGACACAGAGUGCAAAUUCGCUCACCCACCAAAGUCGUGCCAGGUGGAGAACGGCCGUGUCAUCGCCUGCUUCGACUCACUUAAGGAUCGCUGCACUCGCGAGAACUGCAAGUACCUGCACCCACCGGCACACCUCAAGACGCAGCUCGAGAUCAACGGACGCAACAACCUGAUCCAGCAGAAGAAUGCUGCCAUGCUGGCGCACCAGAUGCAGUUUGCGGCUGUGGCCGGGGUGCUGCCCGGCUCGCAGCUCCCGCCCGUGCAGUGGCACCAUCUAUACAGCACUGGUGGGGAGGACUGUGGGAGGCCUGCGACAAAACUGUGGAACCUCUCUGCCCGUAACCCUGCGCUAGCGAUGCAGAUGUUCCCGGUGUCGCCGGGGCUUCCGACGACGCAGUCCGCGGCGUCGUCGCCCUUCAACCCCUACUUGGCGCCCGUGUCUCCGGCCAUGAGCCUCGUGUCGGCCACCGACCUCUCGCUGGGAAACCCCGUGCUGCUGUCGGGCAGUCCCACGGUCCCCAGCGGGCCCGUCAACUCGGGGCCCUCCAACCAGGCGCAGCAGGCCAGCGGGAGCAAGUUGGUGCGUGCCGACCGCCUCGAGGUGUGCCGCGAGUUCCAGCGCGGCAACUGCAGCCGCGGAGAGAGCGAGUGCCGCUUCGCGCACCCGGCCGAGAGCACGGCGGUGGACUCGGCAGACAACACGGUGACCGUGUGCAUGGACCACGUGAAGGGCCGUUGCUCGCGUGACAAGUGCAAGUACUUCCACCCGCCGCUGCACCUGCAGGCGAAGCUCAAGGCCAGCCAGCAGGCAGCGCAGCAGCACCAGCAUCAGCACCAGCACCAGGCGGCGGCGGCGGCCGCGGCUCAGGCAGCCGCAGCGGCGAUGGCCCAGUCGGCUGCUGUCCAAUCGCUCAAGCGACCCCUCGAGGCCACCUUUGACCUGGCGCUACCCCCCGGAUUCCUUGCUCCGUUACCAAAGAGAGCAGCACUUGACAAAGCCAACGGGGCCACGGCAAUGUUCAGCCCCAGCGUCCUGCACUACCAGCAAGCCCUAGCCAGCAUGCAACUCCAGCAGCAGGCCACCUUCCUCCCACCUGACCCAAGUCAGUGGCACGAAUAUGCACAUAUGAUGGGGAGGACGUACGGACGACUGUCUCAAGGCACCGUGCUGUGCAUGCCGCCCACCACAAGCCUGGAUUGUGCCACCAGCGUCGCGUCACGAGACCAGGCAUCCAUUUGGAUCACUCAGAGUGCAGUGCAACCCAUGAUGUCAGAGAACGGCCUUCCCACCCACCCGCACUACCACAUGAGAAUCCCCAUGAUUCCUGGCCCCGCGGGAAGCCCAGUGUCAGCCACGGCUUCGCCCAACAGCAGCCUACCCUUCGUCACAUCCUCCAGCGCUAACCAGGGAAGCACGUGGGCAGUGUUGUGGUGUGUUCCAGACUUUGACGUGCAGGGUGGUGCGGCAAGGAUGCUCAGCUGAGUGGAUGCACCCCAUUGUAACGCACUCGGACGUCCGUCGGCGGUCCACGUAACCCGAGCGUAGGAGUACCGGGGCGGGUUUCGAGAUUUUGACGUGGGUUUGAGAUAUCCACCAAAUUAUUUCUUGUACAUAAACAUGUACGAAAGUACAAGAUUACUAUUUUGGUGCUUUUGUAAGUUUAGCACCGGUGCGCAAAUGCAUAUUUUAAAUUAAAAACGUCGAUGACUCUUAUCAGAUAAUUAAGCCCGUGGCCAAAGUAAAAGCGGCUGGGAAUCCUCCCCCCCCCCUUACUACACACAUUGGCAUGGUCCACAGUGCACUGCUACACGAGGGUAAGGUUGGACAUAUCCACUUCAUGCAAAGGGUAAGGCACCUGCAUUUCAUCCUCCAUGGCUGUGGGUCAUCACUCCCGCAAAAAAAUGGAACCACUCCAGAGUUAACGUUUUUUUUACCUCUGCUCAUCUCUAAAAACCGGCCUGAUGUGUGUUACUUGCGCGCACAUGGCAAGUAUCUGCUACUGAUAGCAGAGAGAGUUCCAUUUGUUUGUGGGUUGUGGGUAAGGUUGCAACACCCCCUCUCUCGACAUUUGCUGCACUUUCCCCAAUGAAUUGUCUUCUCCUCCUGCUGCCCCCUCGUUGCUCCGGCUUGGCUCGCUCGAUUGGCCUCCUUUUCUUCCAGGCGGCUCUUGAAGGGACGCUGCUGAAUUCUGUCGCGCAUCCGCUCGCGCCCGCAUCCUGACAAUCGUAUUUGCGCCCACGUGCUCCGCCGGUGUGUCAGCCUUUUCAGCAAAGGGGGCAGACGUUAAUCGACGCUGGCGUUGUGGCUGAACACGCAAUGCACUUUGGCCGGCUUAAAGCUUCCCCGUGGGAGGAUUUUUUUUUUAUAUUUGGUCAAAUUGCAAACGAAAUAAAUUAAUCAGUUUCCCUGUUAGAGAUUUGCAGCAAAAUUCCGUUUGCAUAUUUUUGCCCGACCUGCCUUAUAUGUUCACGGUUGUCUGUGUGUGCAGCUGUUUUAAAAUGCUCUUCCUGGCUGUGGGAAAGAUAUUUUGCAGGUUUGAAAAUAGGCAUUAUGCUUGAAGUGGAGCCAACGAUAUGUGACACGUGUCAAGGAUAAAUGUUAGUGUGUUUUGUUGGUAAACAGCUGUAAAAGUUUUAAAUUAGUUUGAAAUCGUUGCCAAUACGAAGCAUAUAUAUGGUGUUGUAUGAACAGUUGUAUGGCCUAUGGUUACUUGCAUUUAGAAUACAAUUUGCAUUAAUAUGUAAUCGUAAAUUAUUAAUGGUUGUGCAAAAUCCAAUUCAGAGGAGGGGUAAUCACAUUUCUUUGGAUAUUUUCCAGAUGCUUGAAGCCUUGCUUCGAAUGUUGGAUAUAAGUGUAUAUUUUAGUUUUGCUUUAUUUUGCAUUGCUACGGGAAGAGUCCUUAGAUUCGUGCGGUGUGCUCCACAUUUUCAUUGCUCAGUGCGAGCUUAUUUAUUCAGCCUCUUAGAUUUACGAGCCCAAGACCUGUUAAACGUUGCAAUUCUUUACGUACUAUUUUAAACAAUUUAUCUGAUUUGUUAUAUAUAUGUGUGUGUGUGUGUUUAAACUGCCUUAGACGUCACCAUCAAAUGAACGCAGAAGUAGCGGUAGGAAUGAGCACCGGCGAUUUUGACUUGGCGAGGGAAGCGAUGUGGAUUUUGACUUGGCGAGGGUAGCCUCCCGACAGGACGGACUUGGUCGCGCCGUGGAAAUCCGCGAUGCGGUUUUGCCUCUCCCGGCCAGUCACCGGGCCAGUUGGAAACCGAGGAAGUGCCAAGUCUCGUUCCCCAGCUCUUACUGUAGAUCAUCAGUUGCUGCACCAUCAUUGCCCAACUCUUAUUGUAGAUCAUCAGCAGCACCAUCCUCAUUCCCCAACUCUUCCCUUGGCUCAUCAGUUGCACCAGCGUCAUUCCCCAACUCUUACUGUCGCUCAUCAGCAGCACCAUUCUCAUUCCCCAACUCUUACUGUAGAUCAUCAGCAGCACCAUCCUCAUUCCCCAGCUCUUACUGUAGCUUAUCAACAGCACCAUCCUCAUUCGCCAACUCUUACUGUCGCUCAAUAGCACCAUCCUCAUUCCCCAGCUCUUACUGUAGCUCAUCAGCAGCACCAUCCUCAUUCCCCAACUCUUACUGUAGAUCAUCAGCAGCACCAUCCUCAUUCCUCAACUCUUACUGUCGAUCAUCAGCAGCACCAUCAUUACCCAGCUCUUACUGUAGCUCAUCAGCCGCACGAGCGUCAUUCCCUGGCUCUUACCGUAGAUCAUCCGUUGCACCAUCCUCAUUCCCCGGCUCUUACCGAAGCUCAUCGGUUGAACUAGCCUCCUUACCCGGCUCUUAUCGUACCUCGGGUUUCUUAUGGGGAAUGUGGCAGCUGAGCACGUCAGGCUUUGAGCUGGUUUAAAUGUCUUCCAGGGGAACUUAUUUCUAUUCUGCUGAAGCUUUUUUAGUUACCUACUCCCCCAACUUUAUCCCGAUUGUGCUGUUGGCGUUGCGUCACGAAAAUGAAGAAUCCAUUUGGCAAUCUCGCAGCGAAGUGAAACCUUCCCAUGUCGGAGAAUGGCUCACGAAAGAGCUUCCUCUGAAAUCCCUUAAAGUUAAUUGUUCUCCAAAGUAGAACGCAGCAGUAGAUAUAUCACGGAUAAUGCCGAGUAUGAGAUGAGGGCUUUGUAAUUCGUGAAUUCUGAGAGUAAUUACAUCUCUUACCGAUCAUAGGACCUGGUUUGGUCGCAGGUAUUGUUUGUGCAACAGUUGUUCGUAAAGACGUUUGUACUCGGCGCAGAGAAUGGCCGCACCUCUGAUAGCUGAUGCCAAACUGUGCCACGCCCUCCCGCAUGGCCUUUUACGUCAUCGGAAUGGAAUUGGAAGAGAAACGGAUGACGUUAUACAUACGUCUUCGGAAAGGGUUAAGACCAGUCGGAAAAUCCACCCUUGGUGUCUCCUUCCAUAUGGUUGCUAGAAACUUUAUAAUCCUUCUUAAGCUCUCUUUUCUUUCACCCCCUCCUGUUUUAUUCAAAUUGUGCGAUAUCGUGUAAUCACACCAUGAGAGAGCAAAGUGUAUUCGGAACGCUUGCAGAGUAGUGUAUCAGCCUGUAUUGCGGACAACAUAUAACUUCUCCUGUGAGUUACAUUGCAGUGAAACCAAUAAUUUUAGUUAGCCGAAAUUGUCUCCAGCCAAAGUAAGUGGAAAAUCCAAUUUUACAUGUUUUUUUUAAGAGUCAUUGGUGACCAGGCAGAAAACCAUCGGCUCACUAAACUUCAGAGUCCAGUUUCAUCAUGGGCAGCUGAAAACCCAGACUCAAAUGAAGGACUUCAGCUCUUCGACCGCUGAGUCACGCGGACACCUCGUAAACUUUUAUUAUCAGCGUCCUUUCUGUCGACUUUUGCGUGUAACUGUAGAGGCCAUGGCACCCGAGAGGGUUCCCACUGCCUUCACGUGGGUCAUCUGUGCGGAUUGGGGCUUGUCGUCUGAAUGGAAUCUCACCUGGUGAAACAGCCAGUUGUGUGCCAUCUGCGACUAUUUGAUGGAGCGAGUAGUGUGGGUUCCUCGCCGUCAAGUUAACUUCGGUUUCAGAAGCAAAAAGUCAAAAGUGUGGUGGUCACAUGGGCUGCAAAGGUCAUUUGCAUUGGUCACUUGUGGACCUGCCUGGGGUCUUGGAAAAUAAUUGCGCGUGUCGAUGCUGCUGGUAAGCGUACCGAUUGGCUCGAAUUGCACCGGCCUUCCCCCCCCCCGCCCCCCCCCCCCCCGUGCGUGCAAUUGCAGCGUGAACCGCAUCGGCGCGUGAUGAUGUUAGCGUUUACUCGCACAAACACGUGCAAUGAUUAUAAUUAUCAUGGCUUCACAAAUAACACUUUUGCGGUUAUUGUCUCGGUCUAAUGAACGCCUUAAUAACCACUGCCUUAAAAAAAAAAUGUUUGCGUCAUUUACCCAGUAAUUAGGCAAAGGGGAGAAGUGAAGGCAGAACAUGACUUAAAUGAUCAUCGCCCGCAGAAUGCGCCAAGGGAGCCACUCGCUGCAACGGUAGCAGCCAGCGGACUUACAUUUUAAUGAAGCUAUCCGUCCAUAUGCCUCUUAAUUGGCAGGCCCCUUCACGGCAGCGCUUCCGCAGAUUUCAGUUGUCCCUGCUUGGUUAACGGCUCAUCAUUGCGCGCGCGUGUUCGCUGUCUUCUUGCCCCCCCCCCCCGCCCCACCCCCACCCCCUGACUGACCCCUCUUGGCACCUGCCUGUUCCCUGCUCACUGUGCUCACCCCCU